GUCCAGACCCCCAGCCGCCUUAUCACCCAGUCCUUUUAUCUGCUUAGUGCUGUGUUCCCAGGCUUUGGGCGAGGCCUUUCAGGAGGGGGUCCUGUGAGGCCCAAGGCGUGCCCCCCUGAUGAGCCUUGUGCCACCUUCCUCAUUCUGGACCCUCACCCAGGAGCACACGGACAAAGCCCUGCUGAAUCUGUGCCAAGACCUCCCCCGGGGACUACUGGGAGCCCCUCCGCUCCCACCUUUUUGCCUCGGAGUCCCGGUGGUCGGACUGAAAGAAGCAGGGCCUCACUGUGCCUCUGCCCUCAGCAAGCACCUCAGGGAGGGAGCUGUUGUCGGCCAGGCACAGUCCAGAGCACCGGCACCAUGACGACCAGUCACAAGCCACAGGACAGUUACAAAGCUGUCUGGCUUAUCUUCUUCAUGCUGGGCCUGGGGACGCUGCUUCCCUGGAAUUUCUUCAUGACAGCCACUCGGUAUUUCACAACCCGCCUGGAAGGGCCCCAGAAUGCUUCCUCUGCCACCACCGAGCUGAGCAUGGACACCCAAGCCUCAGCGGCCCCUGCAGCGGCCUUGCCAGAGCGGAACACCCUCAGUGGCAUCUUCAACAACGUCAUGACCCUGUGCGCUAUGCUGCCUCUGCUGCUCUUCACCUGCCUCAACUCCUUCCUGCACCAGAGGAUCCCCCAGUCCGUGCGGAUCCUGGGCAGCCUGAUGGCCAUCCUGCUGGUGUUCCUGGUCACCGCCGUCAUAGUGAAGGUGCAGAUGGACGCUCUUCCCUUCUUUGUUCUCACUAUGAUCAAGAUCAUGUUCAUCAACUCGUUUGGUGCCAUCCUGCAAGGGAGUCUCUUUGGCCUUGCCGGCCUCCUGCCCGCCAGUUACACGGCCCCCAUCAUGAGUGGCCAGGGCCUGGCGGGCUGCUUCGCCUCGGUCGCCAUGAUCUGUGCUAUCGCCAGUGGCUCGGAGCUGGCGGAAAGUGCCUUUGGCUAUUUCAUCACAGCCUGUGUGGUGAUUGUGUUGACCAUCCUCUGCUACCUGGCCCUGCCCCGGCUGGAGUUCUACCGUUACUACCAGCAACUCAAGCUCGAGGGCCCAGGGGAGCAAGAGACCAAGCUGGACCUCAUCAGUAAAGAUCCUUCCGUAGCCUCUCAUCCACCAGGGGAGGAGCCACGAGCAGGCAAGGAGGAACCUGUGGUCUUAGCUCCCAGCUCCCAGCCCACUGGCCAAAGCCAGUCCAUCCGGGAAAUCCUCAAAGAUAUCUCUGUCUUGGCCCUCUCCGUCUGCUUCAUCUUCACCAUCACCAUCGGGCUGUUUCCCUCUGUGACUGCAGAGGUCAAGUCCAGCAUUGCAGGCAACAGCGACUGGGCAAAAUACUUCAGCCCGGUGUCCUGUUUCUUGAUCUUCAAUAUCUUUGACUGGCUGGGCCGGAGUCUCACAGCCGUCUUCAUGUGGCCAGGGAAGGAUAGCCGCUGGCUGCCGAGCCUGGUGGUGGCCCGGCUGGUGUUUGUGCCACUCCUGAUGCUGUGCAACGUCCAGCCACGCCGCUACAUGAGUGUGUUCUUCGAGCAUGAUGCCUGGUACAUCCUCUUCAUGUCCGCCUUCGCCUUCUCCAAUGGUUACCUUGCCAGCCUCUGCAUGUGUUUCGGACCCAAGAAAGUAAAGCCAGCUGAGGCGGAGACUGCCGGCGCCAUCAUGGCCUUCUUCCUGUGCCUGGGCUUGGCGCUGGGAGCUGUCUUCUCCUUCCUGUUCCGGGCCAUUGUGUGACAUUGGUGGGCUGAGAACUGCAUGGCCCACACACCUCCCGCCCCUCAUCUCCUGUGGGGAACGCACAGUGCGCCUGCUUGUCUCUCCUGCCAACUCCUGCUUUCUUCUUCGCAGGGCUCGGCUGUCCAAGCCUGGGGAGGGGGCCCAAGCGGGCAGACAUCAAGGUUGUGCGCCCAGAGUCAGAGGGGGAGUGGGCUCUGACCAGUGGGUCUGACGGGAGAGGCGUGGGUCCCACAGACACACGCCUGUGUUUUAUUUCUGUCAGUCUGUCUGCCUGUGUCACGGGUGGCUGGGGCCCAGGACUGACCUUUGUAUGGUCUGAUUUCAGUUUUCCCCACCUUUCUCCUUUCUGCCCUCGCCUUGUCCCUACCCAUCAUGCGCACUGUACAGUUGCCAUUUUACUGCCUUUUUUAUACUCGACACAAGCCAGAUGCCUUCUGAGGCUCUUUGAUUAAAUAAAUUUUUUUUCUCCAUGG